GAGGGCUGCCGGUAGGGGCUGCAGCUCAAGGGCCCCUGUGACGCUGCCUCGGAAUGGGGAGCCGGUUCUGCAAGCAUCCCAGGAGCUGUCCCCAGCCAGGCGGAGGGAGUUUCUACGAGAUCAUGCUGCCCCCUUUUCGGCUUUCCUCACUGACAGCUUUGGCAGAAGACACAACUACCUGCGCAUUUCCCUCACUGAGAAAUGUAACCUUCGGUGUCAGUACUGUAUGCCUGAGGAGGGCGUCCCACUGACUCCCAAGGCGGACCUGUUGACCACGAGGGAGAUCCUGACCCUUUCCCGGCUCUUUGUGAAGGAAGGGGUGGACAAGAUCCGGCUCACAGGUGGGGAGCCUCUCAUCCGACCUGAUGUACUGGACAUUGUGGCUCAGCUUCAGCAGCUGGAUGGCCUGAAGACUAUUGCCAUCACCACCAAUGGGAUCAACCUUGCCCGGCUGCUACCUCGGCUCCAGGGAGCCGGGCUCAAUGCUCUCAACAUCAGCCUAGAUACCCUAGUGCCAGCAAAGUUUGAGUUCAUCGCCCGUAGAAAAGGCUUCCACAAAGUUAUGGAAGGCAUCCAUAAGGCCAUUGAGUUGGGCUAUGAUCCUGUCAAGGUGAACUGCGUGGUGAUGCGUGGCCUAAAUGAAGAUGAGCUGCUGGAUUUUGUGGCCCUCAGUGAGGGCCUCCCCCUGGAUGUUCGCUUCAUAGAAUACAUGCCCUUUGAUGGUAACAAAUGGAACUUCAAGAAAAUGGUCAGUUAUAAAGAAAUGCUGGACACGAUCCAACAACGUUGGCCAGAGCUGGAGAAGCUACCAGAGGAAGCCUCUAGCACAGCUAAGGCCUUCAGGAUCCCUGGUUUCCGAGGCCAGAUCAGCUUCAUCACAUCCAUGUCUGAGCAUUUCUGUGGGAGCUGCAACCGCUUGCGCAUCACAGCUGAUGGAAACCUCAAGGUCUGCCUCUUUGGGAAUUCAGAAGUGUCUCUACGGGAUUACCUUCGGGCUGGGGCGCCUGAAGAGGAGCUGCUGAGCAUCAUUGGAGCUGCUGUGGGCAGAAAGAAGAGGCAACAUGCAGGCAUGUUCAACAUUGCCCAGAUGAAGAACCGACCCAUGAUCCUCAUCGGGUGCUUUCCAGAGCUCCGGGAUGCUCCUCUGACCCCCUCCAGACGUCCCCCCUGGAAUUCUCUGCACAUGCAGGGCCUGAGGGCCAGAGAGGGUUUCUCUGGUCAGACGGGGGCCGUGCGGACAGGAUGGGGAUUCCCACCGGUCCUUCGUCCAAUCCAGCCACGGCUCGAGGCAGGCUCUCCCCGGAGAUUCUACAGCGCUCCCCCACAGGACCCCGACUCCAGCCCUAAGUGCCUUCACCCAGAGACACCAGCUCCGCCCGCUUCCCCCAGACGCUCUCCGCCCUCAGACCAGCUGACCCACGUGGACUCAGAAGGCCGAGCCUCCAUGGUGGAUGUGGGUGGAAAGCCAAGCACAGAGCGAGUGGCCGUGGCCUCGGCCGUGGUCCUCCUGGGGCCUAAGGCCUUCCACCUUGUUCGCCAGAACCAGCUACAGAAAGGUGACGCCUUGGCCGUGGCCCAGCUGGCUGGAAUCCAGGCAGCCAAACUGACCAGUCAGCUGAUCCCACUGUGCCAUCACGUGGCCCUGAGCCACACCGAGGUUCAGCUGGAUCUGGAUGCGGCCCGCCAUGCUGUAGUGAUCCAGGCAUCAUGUCGGGCGUGGGGCCCCACCGGCGUGGAGAUGGAGGCCCUGACUUCUGCGUCCGUAGCCGCCCUCACCCUCUACGACAUGUGCAAAGCCGUCAGCAGAGACAUUGUCCUCGGAGAGAUCAGGCUGCUUAGCAAAACGGGGGGCCAGCGGGGGGACUUCAAGCGAAGCUGAAAGUCCAAACCACCGCAGCCCCCACGCCGGCACCCCGAAGCCCCCUCCCUUCUGAGUCUCUCUCUGACUUUGUAUCGGCCUCCAGGAUGAGGAACGCCUUUGGAGGGGCAUUUCAUCUUUGGGUCACGGUGUCUUUUCACCACUCCCCGUCAUCCAGGACCAAACAUAGCCCAGCUGGGGAAGUAGCGUAAGAGGAGUCUAGACGAUCUAGCCCCAAAUGUUCAUUUUACAGAUAAAGAAACAGAGGCCCAGAGAGGAAGCGUCACGAGGCAGGCCAAAGCGGUAAAGAUGGCAGCAGGUCAGAAGCAGAAAUGGGCUUAGAACUCCCAUUUUAUAGCUGGGGAUAUUGAAACCCAAGAAUAAUGAUGAUAUUUUACAUUUGUAGAGCAUUCAACACUUGUCAAAAUACUUUUACAUCCAUGAUAUUAUUUGACUCUUGGAAUAAUGCUGUGAAGCCAGUAGAGGGGAACCAAAGGUCUGAAUCAUCUACAACUUAAGUUGGUGGUCCUGGAUAAGAGAGUGUAUGAAUAUCUCGGACCCCAAUCUACCCUCCUUUAGUCACCAUUUUUUCCACCAUAUUUGUUUUUGCCUUGCUUCAAGCCUUGGUGCCCUGCACUAGACUUUGGGACUCUCCCCAAUUGGUUGUUGCUCCCUUAUCUUCCCAGCUCCCACUCUGGUGGGCUGAAGGCCCCUUCCAUCCUGGGAGAGGACUUUGGUCCACUUUCUUUUCUCAGACAGGGAAGAAGGGAGGAGAGGUCCUAAGGAUUUGUGCA